ACGGGAGGAACAUAGGGACAAAAUACACCUAAAUACUCGCUGCUAGCACCAAAAUGACAUCGUUUUUCAUUAAAACUGCUUUCCGCAGUUUUGUGCGGAACCACAAACUCAUACGGGAACACCAAAAACAGACGUUUUUGUGUUCAGCUCGAAGUUAUGCCACAGACGGGGACAUCAAUGCACUUAAAAUUUACACCAGAACUGGAGACAAAGGUUUUUCCAGCACAUUUACAGGAGAAAGGAGGCCUAAGGAAGCUCAAAUAUUUGAAGCCUUGGGAAAUACAGAUGAGCUAUCAUCAGCCAUAGGCCUGGCCAGAGAAUUCUGCCUUGAGAGAGGUCACACAUUCACACACCAGCUGGACAAGAUACAGUGCGUUCUUCAAGAUGUGGGCUCCAACAUCGCUACCCCUCACUCAUCUGCAAGAGAAAGUCAUAUAAAGAAAACUAAGUUCAAUGCACAGCCAAUUACAGACUUGGAAACCUGGAUUGAUCAUUUCACAGAAGAACUUCCACCUCUGACCAACUUUAUUUUACCAUCUGGCGGGAAGAGCAGUGCAGCGUUGCACUUUGCUCGGACAGUCUGCAGGAGAGCAGAGCGCAGUGUCACUCCAGUUGUACGUUCUGGGGAGGCAGACCCAGAUGUUGCCAAAUAUCUGAAUAGGUUGAGCGACUACUUGUUCACGCUUGCCAGAUAUGCAGCCAUGAAGGAAGGCAGCGAAGAGAAGAUCUACAAGAGACCUGAGUGACCACACUAAAGUCAAAGAUCUUCAUUUUUUCUUGUGUGUGCAGAUACUCAAUUUGUUAUAAAUGCAGAAUUCUACUAAAUACAAAAAAGUUUUAAAAUUGUUAAUGUCCGCUCACAAAUCAAAGGUUUUGUGUACAUUAUUUUUUCUUAGUUUCAUUGGACAAUAUCAGUUAAACCUUAAUUUUAAUCCCACACUGGAGUUAAAGAUUUAGUUUUUAUAAGUCUUGAUGGGUGUCACAUGACCCCUGUGGAUUAUAUCCUCGUGUUUUAGUCCAGCAGCAGCUUUUCAGGUGUGUAUGAUCUUCUUCCCAUCACAGUCACAUGAUCUGGCACCAACCCUGACUCUUCUGGGAUAGGGUGCAGGCCCAGGUCAUUAGAGACAGAUUGCGGUCUUCAUAUGGAGGAUAACGCAGAUAGGUGAUGCAUUCAAACCGUGUGCCUCUUAGCAAGCAUGCUUUGCUGUGAGAGAACGCGUCGAAGCUGUAGCGGCCGUGGAAGGAUCCCAUUCCACAAGCACCUAGAAAAAACAUUAAAUUCUUCUAAAAAUG